UGCGGUUGCGGGGGAAGGGUCUACAGAGGAAUUCCGUCCGAUGUAUCCAUGUAAAAUGGCGUCGUAACGCUAAUGAUCGAUAUUUUCGCGUUCAAAUAUAUAUUACAUGACGAAAAACUACCCUGAAUAACGAUACUUGGCACUUGCCCGUUGAUCCGAUACAAGGCUGAUUUCCCCUUAAUCAUCACCCUGUUUUACCAUGGACAGUGACUUUGUGGAAGAUAUUGGGUCCAUCCAUUCUGAUAGUCAAAUGCUUGAUUUCGAUAGAACGGAUAAUAUUUUAUGUCCGGAUGGUGUUGGUAACUCUAAUGUCAAGACUGAAUAUUUCGAUACGGUCGACAUUGAUGAUGCUUUGUCAUCUGACAAUUGUAUUGUACAAACCAUUGAGUCUUCAUAUUUCACACGUAGUGGUACUCGCAAAAAUGAGUUCAACAAUAUGACUAGAGCAGUUAUGGAAUCUGUGCCAUAUGCUGAUGGAUUGCAAUAUUUAGCUGCCAUAUCUUCAUUCAGUGAUAACUUUAAGGAAAUGGAUCAAGUGCAAGGAAUUAAGCAAGAAUCAGUUGAUCCCAGUAGUUUGUUCGAGUCUAGUGAUGAAGAAGUUCAACAUUUGAGUCAGGAGGAAUUUCAAGAAUAUUUUGAUGUUCAAGAAGAAGUUGUUGUUCAAGAAUGCCCUGAACAAGAAGUUAUCACACAAAGUUGGGAUGUUGAUUGUUCUACUAAUAUUGACAAUAUACUAGACACAGAAGUUGAAUGUAUGUCAUCAACAGUAGAUGUUGAUAUACCUAUACCUGAAGGUGAAGAAGUGUCAUCUUCUGUUAGUCCAUAUCCAUGUGAUUUUUGUAGUCGAAGGUUUAAUCGAAAAUCACAUCUUAUGAAUCAUAUGGUUACUCAUCAGUCAGAACGACCUUUUUGUUGUGCUUUAUGUGGUGUUCGUUAUCGACGUAAAUGUGAUUUAGCUAAUCAUAUGAAAAUACAUAUAGGUCCUGAAAAUUUAUCAGAAAAUGGUACAGAUAGUCAAAAUUCAUCUGUUUCCAAAGUUAUGAACAAAUUAAUGUUUAUGGAUCCGAUUCAAAGAAGAAGUGUCACUCCUGGUGACAAUUCUGAAGAUAAAAGGGACACAUAUCAAGAACAAAAUACAAAAAAUAAAACUCGUGGUCGUGGACGUGGCAGAGGUAGAGGAAAAGGACGUCCAAUGAAAGAUCGUUUAUUGACGCUUGGUUGGAAUUCAGAAUUAUAUUCCAAACCGCAUACAUGUAACCCAUGCGGGAUUUCAUUUACUCGUGAAAAAGCACUUCUUAAUCAUGCUCGUCUGCACCAUAUAGAUGAUGGUGUAAAUAUUAUUACUACUCAGAAAACAAAUUCUGAUAGUUAUGAGCUUACUAUAAUGGCCAACCCUCAACAAAAUGAUGUCACAUAUUCAUGUGAUUCAUGUGGAGCAGCUUUCACUAGAUUUGAUUUUUUAAAACGGCAUCAAAGGCAGCAUAUGAAAAAAGAACUAGGAAAUGUUGAAGAAGAAGUAUAUGAAGAGGCACAUAUGUGUAUUCAUUGUGGAUUGUUUUUUAAAUCUAUGUCAGAGUUAGAAUUACAUACUGAGCAACAUUUGGUUCCUACAAAUAUUCCAGAAAAAUCAAAAUGUUUAGCUUGUGGAGAAACAUUUGAUAGCACAGAUGAACUGUCUGAUCAUGUGUCUCAGAUACAUACUGGUACUUUAUCUGAAUAUUCAUGCAAACUUUGUGGAAAACAAUGUAAAGAUGAUAAAGCUCUCCAAAAACAUUUGAUGAUACAUGAUACAACAGAUAAUAAAUGUACAAUCUGUGGUAAAAGAUUUCAUUCUAGAGCAAGACUUAAACGACAUAUGAUAACUCAUAGAGAAAAAGGAGUUAUUUGUGAUAUAUGUGGUGAAGAAGUAGCUGAUAAACGAGCUCUAAUGAAUCAUAAAGCAAGUCAUGCAAAUACUGUUAGUGUUACACGAACUUCUCUAACUGAAAAAGUUUUUCCUUGUACAAGUUGUGGAAAAGUGUUUGGAUCUAGGUCAUCUCAACAAAUACACAUACGAAUACAUACAGGUGAGCGACCUUAUGGAUGCAGAUAUUGUGAUAAAGCUUUUGCUGAUGGCGGUACACUUAGAAAACAUGAAAGAAUACACACGGGAGAAAAACCAUAUGCUUGUCCUGUUUGUCCAAAAGCUUUUAAUCAAAGAGUUGUAUUGCGUGAACAUAUACGAGCACAUCAUGCUGGAACUGAGGCAAGGGGAGGACAAGUAAAUUUUUAUGAGUGUAAAGUAUGUGGUUAUUUGUUUCGAUCUUCUAUGGAGCUUUGUUCACAUUUAGUGCAACAUAGUGAUGAAAAUACUGCAAAGUCUAGAGUUGUUCCUGUUGGACCUCGAAAAUAUAAACGCCGUAGCAAAUUGGGUAAUCGAAAAAAUACAUGGUGUUUAGUAGAAAAAGUCUUUACAGUGUUGUCAGGUCAAUCUGAUACAGAGAGUUGUGAAGAUGAACUAAUGCCUACAGUAGAAGAGCAAGCUGUUCAGUCAAUUAUGGAAGAUGAUGAUGAUACAACAUAUUGUCCCGUGACUAGCCCCAGCAAGUCUCCAGUAAAAACAUUUAAGAUUGUUAAUGGUAAACUGGUAAAACAUGAUCAAAAGUCUCCUAAGCAAGUGUCAAGUGAAUCAAAAUACCCUAUUAUUAAAUCUGAAUCUUUUUCAAAAAAGCAGAGCUUUGUUCUUAAAGAUGGUGAGUGCGCAAGAACAUGUCCGACCGUUUUAUAUUAUUCCUCAAGAUCAGAUCCAGCAGCUAUUGAAUCAUCAUUUGGAGAAGAAUCCAAAGAAAAUGAUAAUCCAGAUGAUCCUGAUGAUCAAAUAUCUAUAGAAGAUAUGGAUUUAUCAAAUAUCAAGGUUGAGCCAAAUGAGCAGCCACAGUUUGUUACAAAUGACUAUGAUGCUUUGUGUAAUAUUGAGUAUACUGAUCAAAGACAAGUAGAAUAUUACAUACAGAAUGAUGGUGAAUUUGUUGGUGCACAAGAAGAUAUAAUAUUAGAAGCUCCAAAUGAUGAUUGUUUGAUUGAGACUGAACUUGUAUUUGAUACAGAUUAUGUUGAGGAAGUUGGUGCAAACAUUGAAUUAAGCACCGAAGAAAUGGCACCUGUUUAUGCAGAAACUAUUUCUUGUGAUAUUUGCGAUGAAGUAUUUGAGGAUAGAAAAGAACUUAUGAGACAUAUUCAAACUAUGCACAUAGGAUAAAUUUUAAAUAUUUUUUUUUUUUUUUUUUGUUUUUUACCAUUAUUUUAAAACUUAACAUGUAAGUUUUCAUGUUACAAUUUUUUUUCGGUAUGUUAGUACCUAAAAUCAUUUUAAUCUAAUAGAGUACUGUUUUUUUACCAAUUACAUAUAUUAUGUCUAAAUAGUGGCCAAGAUGACGUUACCAUAUAAAUAUUAACCUUGUAGGUCUUGUAUUGUUUUCUUAAUGAGCUAUUAUAAUAUAUUGUUGUAAGUCUGGCUGUAACCUGGUUAUAAAUUUAUAUAAAUUAAAAUGCUCUUAAAUAAU